AUGUCGGCAAUCAAACGUUUUUUUUCAAGUCAUAAAACUUCAUCAAAUUCAAAGGUUAAUAAUAGUCAACAUCAUGAAAAUCAAACUUCACAAAAUAAAUCAUCGAAUAAUAUUAUUGUUGGUGGUGAAAAAUUAACAGUAACAAAUGAAACAGUUGAGCAAGAAGAAAUUAAAGAGAAUAUGGUUCCACCAACAUUUUCAACAACUGAAAUAUCAAUAAAGUCGGAGAGUGUUCCAUCACCAACAUCACCAGAAAAAAUGUCAUCAAAUAAUAAUGAAGAGAAAACAUCAACAAAAUCUUCAAGUUGGACAAUUGAAGAUUUUGAAAUAGGUAAUUUACUUGGACGUGGUCGAUUUGGUUAUGUUUAUUGUGGUCGUGAAAAACAAACACGUUUUGUUGUUGCACUUAAGAUAUUAUUCAAAGCUCAAUUAAAAAAUUCUAAAAUGGAACAACAAGUUAAACGUGAAAUAGAAAUUCAAUCAAAUCUUAAACAUCCAAAUAUUCUACGUCUUUAUGGAUUUUUUCAUGAUGAACAAAGAAUUUAUUUAUUACUUGAAUAUGCGCCCGGUGGUGAAUUAUAUCGACGAAUGCAAACAGAAAAAAUUUUACGUGAAAGUGAAGCUGCUGGAUACGUUUAUCAACUAUGUAAUGCUUUAAAUUAUUUACAUACAAAACGUGUUAUUCAUCGGGGUAUAUUUAUAUUAUUAUAUGAAUACAAAUAUUAUAAAUUAAUAUAUUGUAGAUAUCAAACCAGAAAAUAUUCUAAUUGGAAAAUAUGGCAUUUUAAAAUUAGACGAACGACACUUUGUGGUACAUUAGAUUAUUUACCACCUGAAAUGCUUAAUGGUAAUGGUUAUGAUGAAAAAAUUGAUCUUUGGUGUCUCGGGGUUCUUACUUAUGAAAUGAUUAUUGGUAAACCACCAUUUGAUAGUCAAACUCAACAUGAAACAAUUCGAAUGAUACGUUCAAUUGAAUUGACAUUUCCAGUAGGAACAUCAGCAGAUCUUCGUGAUUUAAUUACAAAAUUACUUCGUCGAAAUCCAGCUGAUCGAUUACCUUUGAAAGAUGUUGCACAACAUGUAUGGAUAGUUAAAAAUGCAGAUAUAGCUGCUAUUGAAGAAAGCUAUGUUAAACGAAAGAAAACAUUAAAUAGAGAAAAUUAA